AUGGCUCCCAUUGAUUCGGGUGGCGUGCAGGCCCUUUCCCCAUGGCCUGCAACCGAUCCUCAUCGAUCCACCCUUGCUAGAUCGCCUACGGUCACACGCAUUCAGCUUCAUGAUAUUCGUCAAAAAACAGAUGACGAAGGGCUUGUUCCUCAAAUACUAUCCGGUCUCGAGUCUGAUGAAAAGGAGCUACCUUCACUACUCCUGUGGAAUGGACGUGGCUUGCAGCUCUUUGAUGCAAUUCUUGACUCCCAAAAGUACUACCCUGCGACUAGGGAGCCGGAACUGCUGUCUAGUUGCGUACAGAAAAUGGCAUACAAUAUCUCCUCCGGAGAAAGGGUGAUUGAGCUUGGGGCUGGAAACAUGCGCAAGACUGCACUCCUCCUUCGGACGCUAGAACUUCAGCAUAAAAAUGUGGAAUAUUUCGCAUUAGAUGUCUGUCGUACCUCACUCCGAUCCAGCAUCCGCGAACUACUGGGUCUCUUCCCUUGGAACCCCAAGACCAAGAUUCAAGGACUCCUUGGAAAUUAUGAGGAUUGUGCUUCGUGGCUACACUGCCAAAGUGACCAGAGAAGUCCGGUAACGCUGUUAUGGCUAGGGAAUAGCAUUGCCAAUUUCACCCCUGCCGAGGCAUCGGACCUGAUCUCUCACUUUUUCCGGGCUAACCAAUCUUCUCCUGUGCCUAUUCAAAUGGUCGUCGGCAUCGACGGAUGCAGAAAGCAGGAAGAAAUUAUCGAAUCAUACGAAAGUGACAGAUCACGCAGUUUCAUAUUGAAUGGGCUCGACUAUGCGAACGAGCUGCUGGGCUCGGAAAUAUUUGUCCCAUCUGAAUGGGAUUUCCGCGGUCGCUGGAACGCAGACAAGUGGAUGCACGAGAGCUUUUACGUUGCCCAGCGCAAUCUUUGUCUGAACAUUGAAGGAAAGGAAUUCAACAUCAGAGAUGGGGAGCUAGUGCACGCCAUUCGGAGCGGAAAGUGGCCGUAUUUCAAGGUCGCAGAUAUUUGUGAAAGCGCUGGGACCAAGAUUGCCGAUAGCUGGAGUGAUCUAGAAAAAGCAUAUGGUAAAUUAAGACCUUCACCACCUUCGCCCGGGUUCUGUAUUUCCAAGUGA